AUGACCAAGACUGUUGAUGAAGCUAAGGUUCUUAUUGAGAAUCUUGCAGCUAGUGAUUGUAACAACUGUCCUGAUUAUGACCGCUCAAGCCGCACCACUACUAGCUCCCCUGAUUCUUUUCAAAUGACUGAACUCAAGAACAUGAUGGCUCAAGUUCUUAAGGGACAGCUCAAGCAUAUCAAUGCAAUAGAAGGGAUGAGUGAUGCUAAUGAAGACCCAUCAAGAGAAUGCAUGGGAGAUUUCUCUAAUGAAGCCAAUGAAGAAGAUGUGAACUACAUUGGAAACUAUGGGAACAAGGGAUACAAUCCAAGCUAUCGCCCAAACCCCAACAUGUCUUAUAGAAACCCCAAUGUGGAGAAUCCUCAAGACCAAGUGUAUCCUCCAAGGUAUCCACAACAACAAAGACCUCCUUACCAAUCUCAAGGAAGUCAAUUUCAGCCAAGGCAAGGGUAUGAGCAGAGAUCAUCAUAUCCGCCCAAGGAGCCAUAUGCUUCUUCACCAAAUCAAGCUCCUCCAAACCAACAAGGUGGGAGAUUUGAAGGAAUCCUCCAACAGAUCAUGGAUGGCCAGAAGAGAAACACUAAAGAGAUGUAUGAGAAGAUGGACACUUUGUUCAGCAAUCUCAACACCAAGUAUGAUGCUGUUGCCACUCAUGUGAAGAAACUAGAGACUCAAGUCACUCAAACUAUGGAAGCUGUUAAGAGACAGGAAGCUGAAUCCAAGAAGUCCUUUUGCAACUCAGCCGCCAUAGAAGAAAGAUUUGAAGACCAAGUUCCAGAAUGGAUGCUUUCAAAACCUACUGUUGAUUGCAUGAUUUGGCCUGAAGAGAAUUACCCAGAGAGAGAGUCCAAUCGAGCUAGAAAGAGAAGACUCUUCCCAAAGAUUAUCCCCAAGACAGAUAACUCAGGAAAGUUUGUGUGCCUUGUAUCAUCAAAGAUUGGAAAUUGCUCUAUCCCUACUGAUUUCCAGAUUGUGGAAAUGAGAGAGAGUAGCCAUAGACCUCUCAUAUUUGGAACCCCUUUCCUGUCUACUGUGGGUGCCAUAUUUGAUUUCCCCAAUCAAAGAAUCUCUUUCAACAAGGUGAACAAGGGUAUGUUCUUCCCUAUGUGUUCAACAAAGAACUCUUUUGUUGACAUGGUCCAAGAGGAGAAAGCUACUUUGAAGCCACCCCAAGAAGGAGAAACUGAAGAAACAAUCAAGGAAGAUCCCAUUCCUAAGCCCAAGCAGCUUGCCAAACAAGCAAGGAGUAAGACUAAGGCCCCUACACCAAAACCGCCCAAGGGAUCAACCAAGAUUGAAGAUGAGGCCAAGCCAAGAAGGAAGGUUAGAAAACCUAGGUCUGGCCGCAACAUGAAGCUUCUAUUCCCAAAGGAGCUUAUUGAUGAGAAUCUAGAAGGAUUCAAGGAGAAAGUGACAAGAACUCUAAAGCUUUUUCCUAAGGCAGUAGUGCCAAGGGACAUUCAUGGAGAGAUUGUCUAUCCAGCUGUGAAUCACCCACCAGAUACUCAUUGCAAGGAGAAAAGACUUGGAGGAUCAAGGAUGCCUCUUGUCUCCAUCUUCUCCUGA